AAAUGUUAAACCAAAAAACUAUCUAAAUGAUUCCAUAAAAUAGCAAUUUGUUAGUUAAAGUUUUAUCAUUUAUAAAUAAUGAAGAGGGUAUAAUUUUAUAAAAAUAUAGUAGAAGAAUAAUCUGAAUAAGAAAUAGAGAGAAAACAAAAAGGUAAAUAAUUUUAAUAAAUAUUCAGUGUUUGAAAUUCUGAGAACCAGUAUGUAAUUAUAAGAAGUUGAAGAUGAAGAAAAUGAUUAUGAAUCUGAUUAUAUUCCUGUUUCUUGUGAAGAAGCUUGUCUUUCUUAAUAGAGCACUUAAAAAUCAUAGUAAUCACAAUACUUAAGAUCACCAUUAUAAACAUUUACUCAACAUUUUUAAAAUUAAAAUAAAGGUUUUGGAGGAAGAUUAUUUACUCUUACUGAUGAAACUGAAAAUACAGUUGAUGACCGUAAACAAACUCAUACUAGAGGUCCAAGCAAAAUAUAAGAAAUUUUAUAAGAUUUAUAAGCAAAUGUUGCUGAUGAUAUUAUGAAAAUGGCAAAUGAUAUCAUUAAAUUUACUGAAAAUAGUUCAAAUACAAAUGGAAGUGCUUAAUUUAUUCCAAGCGAUUAAAAAUUAAAACAACCGUUAAGCGAAUAAAAAAUUAAUUAAUAAUCAAAAGAAUCAAAAACUAAUAAUCUUAAAGAUGGAUUCAAAUUAUUUUAAAAGUAAAAUAGUUAAAAAUAACUAUAAUCUUAAAAUCAAUAAGAUCAAUCAAAUUUUAAAUCUUUUAGUUAAAAAUAACCAUAAAUAUAUCAAUAAUAAAUAUCUUAAGCUAAUUCUUAAUAAAAUACAAUCAAUUACAAUUCAAAUAAUACUAAUUACAAUUCUAAUUAUAAUACAAAUACAUCUGUUUAAAAAAAUUAAUAAAAAUCAGAGAGAAACUCAGAAGAACUAACAUAAGGAAAUAUUAAAUAAACUAGUAAUUCAAAAUCUUCUAAGUAAAUUUUAAAUACAAGAACUAGUUAAUAAUAAAUCAAUUCCAAAUGUUAAUAAAAUUCAAAUUAAAAACUCUCAAGUAAUAAAGAUGAUCAAUCUAGUCAAAGAAAUUCAAAUAAUUAUAGUAAUAGAGAAUCUGUUUUUAGUAAAAAAAGUAAAUAACAUGAAAUAGAUGAAUUUGAUGAGAAUUUUCAUGUUGAUUAUGAUAGUUUUAAACAUAAUCCAAAUUAGAACUAAAUUACUUAAAAUUUUAAUGAUAUUGUAUAGAAAUAAUUCAACUUUUCUUAAAAUUCUGAUGAUGAUUAUUAAGAUGAAUAAUGUAUUGAAAAUUAAACUCCAAAUUUGAAUAUUAGUAAGAAAUUAGAAAAAGAUAAUUUAAGCAUACAUAAUAGUGUUACAAUAGAGUAAUAAAGCGAUAAAAAAUCAUAUUAAGAAUUUAGUGAACCUUGUUAAAAAACAUAAGAGAGUGAGAAAAAAUAAAACAAUUAAGUUUAGAAAAAGAAAGUAAAAAGAAGAAAAAGAUCUAGAAUUCCAAAGAAUAUUAAAUAUUUUUUGGAUAUAAUAGAGGAACAAUCAAAUGAUUAUUACACUCCUGAUAAAUCAUUAUUGGAAUCAAGUGAAGGUCUUGAUACAAUAUAAUCAGUACCAAAUUUUGGAGAGAGUGAACAUCAUAAUAUGGAUUAUAGAUCUGAUCGAAAACAUUUUACAAUUAGUGAAGGUAAUAAAAUAAAAAUGAGAACUCCAAAUACAUAAGAUAUUAAAGAAGAAUUAUAAUCAUCAGAUUCAUAUGAACAUCCUAAUAGCACUUUAAUAAAUUAAACAUUAGUUAAUUUUGAGGAUAUUGAUUAAAUCUUGAAUUAGGUCUAAGGUUAUAAGACUUUCAGAUAAAAAAAUUAAGAAGAAGAAGCUAUUCUUGCUUCAUGGAAUAGAGUAUGUAAUGAAAUUAUAAGAAAAAAUCUACUACCAGUGACUUUUGAUCUUGAAAGGGUAUUUGAUUUAAUAAAUAAUUAGAUUUAAAAUUAACUGGAAAUUUAACAAUAAAAUUCACAUUGUUAAAAAAGAUAUCAGUUUUUAAAUGCUCUAAAUAGAAAUUACAUAAAUCCUAAUUAAAAAACAGAAUAAAUUUCAAUAAUAGACAAUUCUUGCUUUAUUGGAACUGAUCAAUAAAACUUAGAGAAAAGCGAAUCUGAAAUUUAAAUAGAUGAAAACGAUGACACAUCUAUUGGAUUAUUAAAUAAAUAGUUUAGUCCCAAUUUUAGUGAUGUUUGUAAAAGAAUAUAAUUUACUGGACCUGAAGAACCGAGAAUACUUUAAGGAAAAGCACUUACUAAUAAAGAUUUGCCUAAUUUCUAAAUGUACAAUAAUAAUUAUGAAUAAUAAUUGAAUUAUUAAUUUUGA